AUGAUCUUGCUGUUCUUCCUCCUUCUGGCAGGAUGCAUCUUUAACCUAGGAAUUGGACUAUGGGUGAUCUAUGAGCAUUUCUUUACUAUAGAUGUCCCCGCUGCCAUUGGCCACACAAUGCAGCUCCGAAUCCUGCACUGUUCCUUUCUACUGGCGAUAAAGUAUGGGAAUAUUUGUGAGUGGCUGGGAAUCUGCUCAGUGCCAAAAUUUCUCCGCUUUUUACUGGAUAGAAUGACCAUCAAGAAGGACCCAACGCUCAUGGUAAAGAACCUAUGCUUUGGGACAGUACCCGUGAGGUUGUAUCAGCCAAAGGCAACAUCUACAAGCCUCCGGAAAGGAAUUAUCUUCUUCCAUGGAGGUGGCAUGGUAGUUGGGAGCCUAGAUGUCUACAAUAGUUUGUGCUGCUACUUGUCCAGGAAAACAGACUCAGUGGUUCUGUCAGUUGGUUACCGCUUGGCUCCUGAGCACAAGCUCCCUUGUGGGAUUAAUGACUGCAUGGCUGCUUCCACCCACUUUCUGAGCACCCUGGAAACCUAUCGGGUGGAUCCAUCUCAGGUCAUCUUCUGUGGAGACAGUGUUGGAGGGACAAUUGUGGCUUCUAUUAGCCAAGCCCUCGUGACCCAACCGGAUCUCCCCAAGAUACGAGCUCAGGUUCUGAUCUACCCCUAUCUCCAGGGAUUUAAUUUCCAGCUGCCUUCCCAUCAACAAAACAAAAAUGUUCUAUUCCUCACUCUGAACAUCGCCAUUUACUGUAUAUUCCAAUAUCUUGAUAUCCGCCCCUCUUGGAAAACCGCUAUCCUGAAUGGUGCUCAUUUGUGCCCUGAGAUGCAGAAGAAGUCUGAGGAAAGGAUUAGUGUCCACAACAUACCCAAGAGGUUUAAAGAGAGAGGCUACCAACUCAUGACACCUAGCCCUUUUAAUGAGGAUGCCUACCAGGAAAAUAAAGAGAUCUUAUCGCCAAGGAAUUCACCCCUAAUUGCUGAUGAUGACAUCAUUGCCCAACUCCCUGAAGCCCUGCUCGUGAGCUGUGAGUUUGAUAUCCUACGAGAUGACACACUGUUAUACAAGAAGAGGUUGGAGGACCAGGGGGUGCCUGUGAGCUGGCACCACAUUGAAGAUGGUUUUCAUGGAGUGCUCCUCACCUUUGACAAUAAGUACUUUUGUUUCCCCUGCUCUCUAAGAAUUCUGAAUAUUGUUGUUAAUUUUAUAAACAACCUCUGA